AUGUCCUUUUCUAAUGGUCCGAAUGGACUGCCACCAGGUGGGGGUACCGGUGGUGGUAGAUCUGGGAACAACUUCCAUAUUCCGACUUCACGAGAAAGCUGCAAUUCGCCCGGGCCUUUGCAGGGAAUCGCUACUCCGCAGACGCAAAAGAGCAUGGCUCGCGUUCAAGGAAGCGCUCCUGCGGUUGCCGUUGCCAAUCCCACGACUGGUUCUUCCACACAAAGUGUGGCACCUGUGACAGCAGUUGGACCAACGGAUUCGCUGGAUUGUAGUGCAGAGGCU